CCAGUUGGCAGGAAGAAAGUCAGCAAAGCUGCUAAUAAAAGGAGUAUAAAGAGGGCUUGGUUCAUGGCAGGGGGGCAUUGGUCUACUCUGCUGGCAACAUGCUGCGCUUGCUGGUGCUCGCAACCCUGGUCCUUUAUGGUAAGUGGGUCAUCUGCCCCGAGUUCUGUAGGGAGGGGGAGUGAGCAGGAGGGUCAGAAAGCUUUCCCUAAGCCCAGGCCGGCUCUCCAUCCCAGGGCAGGAGGGACACUCUGCCUGUGAGACCAGCAAAAACUUUACUCUCCUGGAGCCCCUGAGAGGAAAGUUCAGGGGCCUCUGGUGGACAGGUCCCAGAGCCAUGAAGAAGAAAGAAGCCACUUCCGGGGCCCUGGGCUUCCCCACCACCCCUACUGACAGGAAGACAUCCUCAGCAGGACACAGUACCCAGGACUUUCCAGAAACCAAUGCCCGGGUAGUCGGAGGGACUGAGGCCACAAAGAAUUCUUGGACCUCUCAGAUUUCCCUCCAGUACCAGUCUGGAAGUUCCUGGUCUCACACCUGUGGAGGGACCCUCAUCAAACAGAACUGGGUAAUGACAGCUGCUCACUGUGUGGACAGCCAACGGACCUUCCGUGUGGUGGUUGGAGAACACAACCUGAGCCAGAAUGAUGGCACCGAGCAGUACGUGAGCGUGCAGAAGAUCGUGGUGCAUCCCUCCUGGAACAGCAAUAACGUGGCUGCAGGCUACGACAUCGCCGUGCUGCGCCUGGCCCAGAGCGUUACCCUCAACAGCUACGUCCAGCUGGGCGUUCUGCCACAGUCUGGAACCAUCCUGGCUAACAACACUCCCUGCUACAUCACAGGCUGGGGCAGGACCAAGACCAAUGGGCAGCUGGCCCAGACCCUGCAGCAGGCCUACCUGCCCGUCGUGGACUAUGCCACCUGCUCCAGCUCCUCCUACUGGGGCUCCACUGUGAAGAACACCAUGGUGUGCGCUGGAGGAGAUGGAGUUCGUGCUGGAUGCCAGGGUGAUUCAGGAGGCCCCCUUAACUGCUUGGUGAAUGGCCAGUAUAGUGUCCACGGUGUGACCAGCUUUGUGUCCAGCCUGGGCUGUAAUGUCUCCAAGAAGCCUACUGUCUUCACCCGGGUCUCUGCUUACAUCUCUUGGAUAAAUAACGCCAUUGCCAACAACUGAACAUUUUCCUGAGUCCAUCGGCCUUCCCAAGAUGAUUCUUAGGUCCACAGCAGGACUUGAGGCCAUCAAGCAAAAAAACACUCUAAGAGACUAUUGAGCCAGAUACAGAAAAACAAAUAAAACUGAAUAUA